UAGAGGAAGUGAGAGGCAGCACGAUGGUGGGACUCAGACAGCAGGGAGCCUGGACAAGAAUCGCCUUCACUUGUUCCUUCCAUCUUGCGGUGAGGCAUCGGCCACGCAUCGCCGUGUGGCGUCGGACCCAUUUGGCGAGGAGGAGUUGCAUAGCAUGUUUUCGCAGCUAUCCGGUAGAGAGCCAAUGUCUGAAUCCUUACCUGCUGCGAAGGACUUAAUAGAAUUCUUGGAAAAGGAAGUGAAGCUCAGAAACAUCUCCGAGGAACCCUCAUCUCCUCAACAUCACAGAGUCUCCACAUCUGCAACGAUUGACAUGGAUUGGAUUCUUCAGCUGGUGUCAAGAAAUGAGCACUUAUUUACACCAGAUGUGGAGGAAACAAGCAACAUGAGAGAAUACAGGUUCCAGGUGAAUCAUGCUGGAAGGUUCUUCUGCAGCGUCACAGGCUUGGGGUUUGUGAUGGAGUCCAGUGGGGAGGUGACCUAUAGCUUCUGCUCCUGGGAAAAAGCCCCCAAGACCCCCGGCAGCUGGAGUCUAGCGGGGCCCCUUUUUAACAUCGAGUGUCCCCAAGGGGCCCUGAAGGAGCUGCACCUCCCUCACUGUGAGAUCUCUGCAGAUGAAAACCUGGCUGUUGCACAUGUAACCAAAGACAACAUGGAGAUUCUGCGGCCACAGGAGGUGACAGACACACAUGUGGUCAUCAGCAUCACCAGCCUCUCUGGUUUUGGUGUCAUAAAGAGAAAAAAAUCCAGCAAAGUCCGUGGGCAAGUGCUACUGCUGCUCCGGCCCAAACCACAAAUCUUGAACGUGUUCUUGCUGCCCCUAAAUGUGCCUCCUGACCAGGUGCACCAGCAGGAGCAACAGAGACAAAACAUCUGCAUUCCUACCAGCUCCAUGUGCAAACUCAUUCAUAAACGGCGAUACAGGAUGUCCUGUGACCACAAGGCAAUAAGGAGGAUCCAGCCAGAGAAUGAAAAGUUCGAAUACAGUUUUGACCAAACAAUCCACCCAACUUUUGAGGUAUUUCUGAAGUGUGAUGUGAUGGAAGUGGAGCUGAGUGUCCUGGAAAACAGGAGCGGUAAAGACGUGUGGCAGCGCUUCAUCGAUCUCACAGAUGCUGUUCCUCCAUCACCAUCUAUUACAGAAGGGGAAGUUCAGCCCACAGGUGUGGCGUUUGUAGACCAACACCGGACAGCCAUCAUCCAGAGAGUGUCACUGAUCGAACCCAUACUGGAUGAACUGCACAAACACAUCUCAGACGAGAAGUAUGAUUACAUAUGCGCUGCGAAAACAAGACGGAACAAGUUUAGGAGGCUGUAUGAGGUCUUGAACUGCAAAAAGCUAAAAAUGCUUUUUUUUGAAGCCGUGAAGAGGAAGGAACCACACCUUAUCUCAGAAUUGGAAAGUUACUCUAAGUUACAGAUUAUUCAUUCUGAAUCUAAGUGUUGCUAAAACAAAGAAAUCGCCACAGCUACCCAAGGCGUGUCUAUCGUAUGUCGUUAGUUACCCUGAGGAUCACAUCUAAGAAUCGCCCCUGGUCU